CUUGGCGCGCUCACGCGAGGUUCUGCGUAGCUUCUUCACACCAUCGUAAAAAUGCCAGUAUCAUCUCCGUCUCCGCCUCGUCUCCAAUCUCCGUUCAUCCACCGUCCAAUCAAUGCCACUCCGUCUUCUCCCCGUUUACUCUCCGCGAGGAACCUCCGUUCGCCGUCAACAACAUCUUAUCCGCGGAUCAAAUCAGAAGUCGAUACGAACACGGUAAUCGCAAUCUCAGUAGGCGUGGCGAGCGUCGCACUGGGAAUCGGAAUCCCUGUCUUCUACGAGACGCAGAUCGAUAACGCCGCUAAGAGAGAGAAUACUCAACCUUGUUUUCCUUGCAAUGGCACUGGAGCUCAGAAGUGCAGGUUGUGUGUGGGGAGUGGUAACGUGACGGUGGAGCUCGGUGGAGGAGAGAAGGAAGUCUCCAGCUGUAUCAAUUGUGAUGGUGUUGGUUCCUUGACUUGCACUACUUGUCAAGGCUCUGGUGUUCAACCUCGAUACCUUGAUCGGAGGGAGUUCAAGGAUGAUGACUAGAUAUCUUCCAUUUGAUAACCAUAUCAAAAGAGUCUCUUCUCCUCCCUUUCUUCAUUGUGUGUCUACAUUUGUACAAUACUGUAUUUUUUUUUGUUCACCAAUUCAUGACCUUGUAAACAAUUGAAGGAGUAAGCUUCCUGCACUUGACUUUCAA